CAAUCGCGGAGCAGCUCAAGUCCCACCGGGUCAGUGGUGGCUCAGGUUGCUUGUCAUAAGCCGAGCGACGGUUUGUUGAUCUGUCUUUCCCGAGAAUUAGCGAUCCCUCGACCCUGCUAGAAAAAAAAGAGAGGGAUGUCUCUGCGCUGCGGGGGCGCCGCCUGCGCCGUGGGGCCCCGGGUAUUUGGAAGAUAUUUAUGCAGUCCAGUCAGAGCAGUAAGUUCCUUGCCAGAUAAAAGAAAAGAAUUCUUACAAAAUGGACCAGACCUUCAAGAUUUUGUAUCUGGUGAUCUUGCAGACAAGAGCAAGUGGGAUGAAUAUAAAGGAAACUUAAAACGCCAGAAAGGAGAAAGGUUAAGACUACCUCCUUGGCUAAAGACAGAGAUUCCCAUGGGGAAAAAUUACAAUAAACUGAAAAAUACAUUGCGGAAUUUGAAUCUCCAUACAGUGUGUGAGGAAGCUCGAUGCCCCAACAUUGGAGAAUGUUGGGGAGGUGGGGAGUACGCGACUGCCACAGCCACAAUCAUGUUGAUGGGUGACACAUGUACAAGAGGUUGCAGAUUUUGUUCUGUUAAAACGGCAAGAAAUCCGCCUCCACUGGAUGCCAGUGAGCCCUACAAUACUGCAAAGGCAAUUGCAGAGUGGGGUCUGGAUUAUGUUGUCUUGACGUCUGUGGAUCGAGAUGAUUUGCCUGACGGAGGAGCUGAGCAUUUUGCAAAGACUGUAUCAUACUUAAAGGAAAGGAAUCCAAAAAUUCUUGUGGAAUGUCUCACCCCUGAUUUCCGAGGAGAUCUAAAAGCAAUAGAAAAAGUUGCUCUGUCAGGAUUGGAUGUGUAUGCACAUAAUGUAGAAACAGUUCCAGAAUUACAGAGGAAAGUUCGUGAUCCCCGGGCCAAUUUCAACCAGUCUCUGCGCGUACUGAAACACGCCAAGGAGGUUCGGCCUGAUGUGAUUUCUAAAACAUCUAUAAUGUUGGGUUUAGGCGAAAAUGAUGAGCAAGUAUAUGCAACAAUGAAAGCACUUCGUGAAGCCGAUGUAGACUGUUUGACUUUAGGACAGUAUAUGCAACCAACAAAGCGCCACCUUAAGGUUGAUGAAUACAUUACUCCUGAAAAGUUCAAACACUGGGAAAAAGUAGGAAAUGAACUUGGAUUUCAUUACACUGCUAGUGGCCCGCUGGUGCGUUCUUCAUAUAAAGCAGGUGAAUUUUUCCUGAAAAAUCUAGUGGCUAAAAGAAAAAAGUCCUCUCAAAUAUAACAAGACCUUCAAGAUCACAUGAAUUGUGAAUAUCUGAUUCCAACUGGUAAUAGAAGUGGUACCAGAGGGCGCCUGGGUGGCUCAGUCGGUUAAGCCGCUGCCUUCGGCUCAGGUCAUGAUCCCGGGGUCCUGGGAUCGAGCCCCGCAUCGGGCUCCCUGCUCCGCGGGAAGCCUGCUUCUCCCUCUCCCCCUGCUUGUGUUCCCUCUCUCGCUGUGUCUCUCUCUGUCAAAUAAAUAAAUAAAAUCUUAAAAAAAAAAAAAAAAAAAAAGAAGUGGUACCAGAAUGCCUGACUUCAGUGGACAUACCUCAGUCUCCUUGUUUUAAGAAACACGUCGAGAGCUGUGCAUAUUUAAUUAAAUAAUUCACUUGCCUUUUAGCGUAUCUUCUUUGUUCUAUUAAACAAUUGCUUGCUGUGAUAUAAUCAUAAAAUGUCUUUUAAGAGUUUUACUGUUAACAGUAUAAUUAAAAAUACAUG